GAGGAGGAAGAGGAACACCGAGUGAAAUAUAGCAUGACAGCGAUAGAAGAAGAAAGUGAUGGACACUCGUCAGACGGAUCAUCCUCUGGCGACAUGUCACAAAAAUUACGAGUACCUAUAGCUGGUGGUUCAUGGUCAUUAACGACAAGAAAGAGUCAGCCGUUGUUACAGAUCAACGAAGAAGAAGAGCAUGACUCUGAUGAAGAUAUAUUAAUCGGCAGUCCGUUGAUGAGGAUGAGCUCGCUUAAUUCAAAUGGAUCUCCUGAACUCUUGCGACAGAAAUUUAAGCAGCCGAAACUGAAGCCAGCAAAUCCAGGGAGAGCCACCAAUUAUAGUUCAUCAGAUGCCAGUGAUGACGACACUGAUAAUCGACGGCGUUGCGAACAUGAUAUCAUCCGGCGGAAACACAGGCGUGGUAGCAGAGAUGGACCUCCUGGGGGUGGCGGCAACAAUGAGGGGAGUAACAAUCAGGCCGCUAACCACCAUAGCGUAUCUUCCAGUGGCGCUACCAGUAAUGAGAAGAAGAGUGCGUCUAACAAGACUGUAAACAACAAAGGAACAAAUAACAAAGGGAAGAAGAGUAACGAAGUGCGAGACAGUUUGAAGACUAGUAAUCUGAGUGUUAAUUCAAAUUGUAGUUCUAAUUUCAGUACGAGUAAAUAUGUGAUUGACCCCAGCAACACAACACCAAGUGAUUCAGAUGAACAGGCAACUGAAAAUUACCAGAAUCGAAAAAUAUCCUGGUCUAAAAAAGAUUUUCCGGAUAUUUCGGAAAGUAAAAUGUUAAUCCUUCCAAAGGAGGAGUACACUCAAGAGGAGAAUUUCAAAGAUGAGGAGAAAACGUCUGGAAAAUCUAAGAUCGGUUGUACGUGUAUGUGCGGACGUUUUAGUAACAAUAAGGAAAUUAAUAGUAACUCAAAGAGCAGUGACGACUCGCGGAAAUCCAAUGUACAUAGUAGUCAGUGCAGCUUACAUCAUGGGGGGCAAACACCGCGAAUGAAUCAAAGUAAUUGUUGUCGGCUCAUUUGA